AUGGAAUCCAUCCCGGGGACAUUCAUAAUCAAAGUCGAUUACCAGCCUGUAUCCGUCGUCAAGGAUGGAAACGAAGACAAAACCCACGCAUGUCUAGGCCCAGAUCCUGCAGUCUUCACGCUUGUCGACGGUCAUCUUGAGAGUGGAGACUGGAUUCUGGGUAGAUCUCUGGUUGAAGAUCGAAGUCUUCUCCCGAAAAGAGUUCUGUGGUUCAAUAAACAGAGCACUCGUACCGACAUGGUUCACAAGGUCUUGGCUUUUCCGGAUGGGGAUUCCUAUCGACUGGAAUUUCUUGGUGCACCUCUUAUCUCGCAUGAGGGAAAGCUCUUUGCCGAUCUGAUGAAAGAUCAACCUCAGGAUGUGCAAAUUAUAAUCCAAUAG